AUGUCAAACUUCCCUUCAUUGAUUUCGUUUGGCUCCCUCAGCACAAAGCCCUCAGUCGAGGAGCUCGGGGAGCUGAGAGAUUUCUUGUUAAAAUAUGAGCACUUCGGUCUAGUUAAGGAAGCUAUCAGCGAGUUGCCUGGGCUUUGGAAGACUUUGCUCGCGAACGAUGCGGCUUUAGAACCGCUCAACGGCCUAGCUGCUGCGGAGUGUCUGGCGGCGUGGGUUUCGACCAGGGAGGCCAUCAGCACAAAUGAUGCGCCUUGGGGCAACAUUCUCAGCCUCCCAUUAACGAUCGCUUCCCAUUUGUGCGACUAUCUGAGAUAUGUUAGGGAGACCGGCUCCUCACACUCCAUACUUCUCGAACACAUUGCCAAGGCUGCUGGCGUUCAAGGUUUCUGCGCUGGGCUUCUCAGUGCUCUAGCCAUCGCCACUUCUACUGACGAAAAGUCCGUUGGAGUAAAUGGCGCCUUGUCUGUCCGGGUAGCGUUUGCUAUAGGCGCUUAUGUGGAUCUUGACAGUUUAAAGCACGGAUCAACCAGCUGCCUGGGUGUCAGGUGGAAGUCUCCCAACAGUGUCGUCGAUCUUCAAAAUAUCCUAAAAAGAUAUGACCAGGCAUACAUAUCGGUCAUCAGAAGCGCAACCGAAGCAACCAUCACAGUCCCUUCUUCGACAAAUCCCGAACUGUCCAGAACUCUCUCAAAAUUCGGAAUAUGCGUGAUCGAUACGGGUCUCAGAGGACGAUACCAUACGAGUGCUCACCGGGGAGUCCCGGAGAAGGUAAUCCAAAGCUGCACGCAGCAUGCGAGAGUCGGAUCUAGGAAGCAGCAUGAUGUCCGGUCGGACAGUGAUGACCAGAUACUCUCUCAACACAACGGGCUCAUGGCCGCGUCUCGUGAAAUACUUGUUACGUGCUCGAACUGGAACUUGGCCCUUUCAAAGACUGCUUCCCGACUUUCUGAGAUGAGGGAAGUGGCAUUUGCACUGGCAAUCGGAACAGAUACUGUGUUGUCGUCGCUUUCAAGAAAUGUCAAGAUCGUCGGAUUAUCAAGCAGAUGCAAGACUGAAGCAGCCUCAGAACCAGCAGAAUCCUUGCAAGAUUAUCCCGCUCACUCGAUUGCAAUUACUGGCAUGUCUUGCAAGCUCCCAGGGGCUGACUCCCCCAAUGAGUUUUGGGAGCUUCUAUUGAAGGGGACAUCCAUGGUGGAGCAUGUUCCGCCAGAAAGAUGGCUAGAAACAGUCUCAAGCCGUGGAAGCAGAACAAAAGAAAAGCCCUGGGGAAACUUUAUGCGAGAUGUUGACGCCUUUGACCAUAAAUUCUUUAACAAAUCAGCGCGAGAGGCGGCGUCCAUGGAUCCACAGCAGCGUUUGUUGUUGCAGGGUGCGUAUGAGGCCAUGGAGUCUGCGGGCUACUUUUCCCCUUCACUCCAUAGUCGGGCUCAUGACAUAGGAUGCUAUCUUGGCUUAUGCGCCGUUGAAUAUGACGCCAAUGUCGCCUCCCACUCCCCCAACGCUUUCUCCACCCUCGGCACCCUUCGUGCCUUCCUAAGCGGCAAGAUAUCGCACUUCUUUGGGUGGACAGGGCCUUCCCUCACAUUUGACACGGCAUGUUCGUCCUCUGCAGUAGCGAUACAUACAGCAUGUCGGGCGCUACAAACCAACGAGUGCACGCAAGCACUCGCUGGAGGAGUGUCCUUGUUCACCAGCCCAUAUCUCUAUGAAAAUCUCUCUGCUUCCCAUUUUCUUAGCCCAACUGGAGCUAGCAAACCGUUCGACGCAAAGGCCGAUGGAUAUUGCCGCGGUGAGGGCUUCGGAUUGGUCGUUCUAAAGAAGCUGUCCGCUGCUGUGGCCGAUGGGGAUAACAUCCUCGCCGUCAUCGGAAGCUCGGCCGUUAAUCAGAAUGACAACUCAGUUCCAAUAACUGUGCCAAACGCCUCUUCACAAGAGACAUUGUACAGAAAAGCAGCGCAGCAGGCGGGAAUUCAAUCUCAUCAAGUUUCCUUUGUGGAAAGUCAUGGCACUGGAACGUCGGUGGGAGACCCGAUCGAGAUGGAGAGCAUCCGUAAUGCUUUUGGCGGGCCUCAAAGACAAAAUCACUUGGUGGUUUCGUCAGUCAAAGGCAAUAUUGGACAUCUUGAGGGCGCUUCUGGUGUAGCUGGUCUAAUCAAGGCCAUUUUACAACUCGAACAUCGUACUGCCGUUAGGCAGGCCUCCUUUCAAUCCCUCAACCCCAGAAUCUCUCCGCUUGGUCCUGAUCGCAUCACUGUACCGACGGCAAAUCUUAGCCUACAGGAUGACUUACUGACUGCCUGUGUGAACAAUUAUGGCGCAGCCGGGAGCAACUGCGCCCUAAUAAUUGCGCAGCCACCACGCAUUUCAGAGCGUCCUACGGAUCUUGUAUCUCUAUCCAAGUAUCCCAUCUUGAUUGCCGCAAACUCUGAAGUGAGCUUGGAAAAGUACUGCAGAGCCCUGAAAGAAGACCUACAGAACCAGCCGGAUAAGAGACCUUUGAUUAGCAGCGUCGCCUUCCAUUUAGCUAGGCGACACAACGGCAGCCUACCAUAUAUGUACACGACAGCAGUAUCUGAUACAAAAAAUCUGGAGACACAAUUAAUACGGCAGCUUUCCGGGUCCCCGUCAUCAAUCCAUCAGCGUCCAUCUCGCCCUAGCAUGAUUCUCGUCUGUGGGGGCCAAGUCCGCAAAUAUGUCGGUCUGAGCCAACACCUUUGGGACAAAUUCACUCUACUUCGCAUGUAUCUCGAUGCAUGCGAUAAGAUUGUGCGCUCCAUGGGUUAUCCUGGGAUCUAUCCAGCCAUCUUUCAGUCUGAGCCGAUUGCAGAUAUUGUGACUCUGCAUUCCGCGCUUUUUGCUCUGCAAUAUGCAUCUGCAAAAGCAUGGGUUGACUGUGGUCUCGCCAUUGACGCUGUCAUUGGCCACAGCCUUGGGCAGCUUACCGCACUUAGCGUGUCCGGCAUACUAUCACUAGAAGAUGGUCUUAAGUUUGUUGCUGGUCGUGCCUCACUGAUUAAAACCCAUUGGGGAACAGAGGCCGGCUCCAUGAUCUUGGUUGAAGCGGAUCAGGAGACGCUGUCCAACAUACGACACUCCCUGGAGGUAGCUUGCUACAACGGACACUCCUCGCAUGUUCUGGUCGGAGACAAAGCAUCGAUGAAUGAGUUUGAAGAAAUCAUUACACGGAAGAGUUUAAAAUACAAAAGAUUGCAGGUGACAAACGGGUUUCAUUCCAAGUUCACUGAGCCUCUUAUCGCGCCACUUCGGAAACUCGCUUCUACUCUUCACUUCAAUAAGCCUGCAAUACCAAUUGAGACAUGCUCCGACGGGUCAAGCUGGCUGGAUCCAAAUGCGGAUUGCCUUGCUGAACAUACUCGGAAACCUGUUUUCUUCGCACAGGCUGCUCAGCGACUUGCCAGUACCCGGGGCAUAUGUACAUGGUUAGAGGCUGGCUCCGAGUCUGGCGUUGCCAGUAUGGCUCGCCGCGCUCUGGACUCUUCUACAUCCAAGGCGCAUACCUUCCUCCCUAUAAGCCUCAGCAAACCAUCAGACGUUGAUUUGAUUGUCGAUACGACUAUUCAGUUGUGGAAGGUAGGCCACACCUCACAAUUUUGGGCGUUUCAUCGCGUGCAAAGUAACCAAUACCACCCACUGCGUGUUCCGCCAUAUCAAUGGGAAAAGAACAAGCACUGGCUUGAACUACUGCCACCAUCACCAUCAACAGCAGCAGGUCAGUCCUCAGUGUCAGCAGCUCCUGAGCCAAGGGCACCACAUCUUGUGAGCCAGAUCGAGCAGCAUGACGAAGAAUUCAUUUUCAAGAUUGAUCCACUAUGCAAAGAGUACCAAGAAUUUGUCUCCGGCCAUGUCAUCGCGGGAAGCCCUCUGUGUCCUGCAACUGUUUACAUGGAAAUUGUCGCGAGGGCGUGCAAGAUGCUUGUCCCAUGGAAACCGACACUCUUGCUAGGAUUUUCUCAACUGCAAAUCUAUUCUCCACUUGGAAUGGCAGCCGAUAGGAAUAUUACUAUGAUACUUCGGGUGCGAAGCGAAGGGAGCUGGGAGUUCAAUAUCAUGAGCUAUGCGGGAAAUACUGAACAAUCCAAAAAGGUGUCUCAUACGUCGGGCAUUAUCGAGCUGCAAUCAAAUGCCGGAACAGUCGAGCGAGAGUUUUCCCGAUACGAAAGACUCAUUUGCCCAGAGACCGUGGAGAAAUUGUACGAAGAUGCCGACAGCGAGUCUGUAAGAGGCUCUAUGCUUUAUCAGGUAUUCUCGCGCGUUGUCCAGUACAGCGGUCCCUAUCGAGGGCUGAAAAGCGUUGCAGCCAAGAUGGGUCACAUUGCAGGCAAGGUCACUUCGUCGCCCGAAUUCAUCAGUGAUACUGUUAUUGCCCAUCCCGCAGUCGUCGAUAGCUGGAUGCAGAUCGCUGGUAUUCAUGCCAAUGGUAUUAGGCCGUGCCCCGAAGAUGAAGUUUACGUGUUCACCAAGCUUGAACGUAUGCAGUUUGGUCCCGAGUUCACAAAGCCAUCGCCGACCUUCCCGUCUUCAUGGAUAAUUUUCUCAAAUCUGGUACCUACCGAGUCCAAAGAGCUUUUGAACGACAUUUUUGUUUUUGACGCAGAUUCGAAGCGACUCGUGGUGCUAAUAUUAGGAGCUCAGUUCAAUAAUGUCCGGUUGAGCACGUUGCAGAAAGUUCUAUCUAGAUUGAACACGGAACCUCGUGAUGUCCAUCAAACACCGAAUCACAGCCAACAAACAACGAUUCUCACUCCUUCAUCAUCCGCUACGGACUGUCGUGCUCCACUUCUCCCAGCCCCAGAGCCUGAUGUCUCCAGAUCUGGUCCUCCUGUUGACCGUGAUGAUGUUCUCAACAAUGUGUGUGCCUGUCUGGAACGGGUGGCUGAAAUUCCACGUCUUGAUAUUAAAGGAAAUGCAUCUAUGGAUGACCUUGGAAUCGAUUCUCUUAUGAUGAUGGAAGUAAUCAGUGAACUUUCCAGUCACUGCAAUAUUGAGCUGCCUAUCAAAGACAUGGAACAGCUGACCACUCUUGAUUCGCUGGUGAACUAUAUACAGAACAAAGAAUGGGGUGCACAGCGAGGAGAUGACUCUUCUUCGGACAUAUCGACAACGGUCAUUUCGCAGCCCACUAGUCCCUCCAUUGAUACUCCAGAUACCACACCUAACAGUGAGGUUCCACCACCCUGCGACCGCCAUGACUCCCAGCGGAUUGAGCAACUUGCAAGCCUGCUGCAAGGGGUCCUGGACACGCCAUCGGCCCCGAGCGGAGACGCUAAUCUUGCGCAAAUGGGCUUGGACUCUUUGCAGGCCAUCGAGCUUGGUAACGAGAUUGAGAAAGUAUUCUCUGUCUCCAUUGACAUGCACCAGCUUGAUGACACAUCCACGUUCCAAGAUCUCGCGCGCAUGGCGGGGUUGGUCCAAAAAUGUCUUCAGAACUCUGCAGGUAGCUCUGGCACGGCAGGUGGUCAUUCGAAUAGUCAACGGCACCAGGAAGAUCCACCACAGCAAUCCGGUGCAGUCGACGUGCGUGAGACUUUUGAUAAGAUUCGCUACGACUUUGACGAACUUGCAAAGGAAGAAGGGUUUGCCAAUUUUUGGCGUGAUGUGCAUCCAGAUCAAAAUCGUCUGGUUCUCGCCUACACUGCGAAUUCCUUCCGGAAGCUUGGCGCUGAUCUGGCGUACAUUCCAGCUGGACAGGUAGUGCCUGAGAUGCCAAUACUUGAGAAAUACAAGCCCCUGCUUGAGCGCAUGCAUACGAUCCUGGCCGGUGGUGGAUACAUCGAUGGGGAGCAAAGCUUGGGCUACAAACGCACGUCCAAACCUUUUGUGCUAGAUGCGCCGCAGACACUGCUGAUGGGCAUUAUUUCUGACUUCCCUCUCCAUGCCUCAGAGCAUCAGCUAUUGGAUGUCACCGGGUCCCAGCUCGCCGAAUGCCUCACGGGAAAGAUAGACCCUCUCGCGCUGCUAUUUGCCAACAAGAAAACUCGACAAAUAGUAGCAGAAGUUUACGAUCAAGCCCCCAUGUGCCGCGCAACCACGCGGCUCGUGGAAAGGUUCAUGGCGAGGGCAUUUCCACCAAGCAACAAGGGCGAGGUAUUCCAUUUUCUAGAAGUUGGAGGUGGUACCGGCGGAACAACUAGAUUCCUUGUCGAGAAUCUGACCCGCCGUGGAGUCAAAUUCACCUACACCUUCACUGACAUCUCAUCUGCCCUUGUGGAGUCUGUCAAAAAGGUUCUAGCAGGGCACGACUGCAUGAGAUACGCAACACUCGAUGUCGAAAAGGACCCGCCAUUACAGUUCAAAGGCAAAUAUCAUGCCAUUAUCUCAACUAACUGCAUACACGCAACGCGCAACGCGACAGCAUCAUUGGAGAAUUUGCGCAGAAUGUUGCUUGCCGAUGGGGUGCUGGCUCUGGUCGAGUUCACGAAUGGUUUAUACUGGUUUGAUCUGGUCUACGGUCUCCUCGAUGGAUGGUGGAUCUUUGAUGACGGCCGUCGUCAUGCACUCGCUGAUGUUUCCUUCUGGGAGCGUAGCCUGACUGCCGCCGGCUUUAAUCACGUCAAGUGGACAGACGGCGACACGGCCGAGUCUCGCACUUUAAGGCUUAUCUGUGGCUUUAACUCGACCUCCGAUAGCGGGAAGAAGGGCCAUUUGUCAAAAAGGGCCGGUAUCGCUUUAGAAACAGUUACAUGGAAACGUACCAAUGGCCUGGAGCUUUGUGCCGACAUAUACUACCCCUCGCCAGAGGCGAAAGAUACGGUCCGCAGCGGGCGGCCGAUAGCUUUGUUAUUUCAUGGCGGCGGGCAUGUUUUGCUUACACGGAAAGAUAUACAUAUGAAGCACAUCAAAACGCUGCUCGAUCGGGGCUUCUUGCCUAUUAGCGUCGACUACCGCCUUUGUCCCGAAGUAAAUCUCUCCCAGGGCCCAAUGACGGACGCUUGCGAUGCCCUCGCGUGGGCAAAAUCUCAACUGCCUGAUCUGGACCGUGCUCGUUCCGAUGUACACCUAGAUUCCAACCGAGUGGCUGCUAUUGGAUGGUCUUCUGGUGGUCAACUAGCUAUGACUUUGGCAUAUACAGCGCCGAAGAGGGGCUUACAGCCUCCAAAUACCGUGUUGGCAUUUUAUUGCCCAUCAAAUUUCGAAGCUGAUUGUUGGAAGAGCCCUAUCUAUCCAAGGUCUAUUCCGGAAGCGUCAGAUACCGAAUACAACCUCCUAGAAGGUGUUUAUGACAGCCCAACAACAGGAUAUAAACCUGCACCUACAAGUGGUGGGCAGAUGUCUCUCACGGAUCCGCGGUGGCGCAUCGUAAUUCACUACAACUGGAAAGCUCAAUUAGUGCCUGUCCUUGUUCGUGGCCUGCCGAGCAAGGCUCAAGCUACCCCCAACAGCAUGCAUGCAAAGAACUCGGAAGACUGGAAGCAGCUACCAAUGCCUCCUGUCGAGGAAAUUAGGGCUGUCAGCCCGUACGCGCAAAUCCUGCGUGGCCAAUACCGCACGCCAACCUUCCUCGUUCAUGGCGAUAACGACGAGCUGAUUCCGUGGCAGCAAAGCCGUGAUACUGUGCAGGCUCUUGUUUCACAGAACGUUGAGGCUGGAUUCGCAGCCCCACACGGCGCAGGACAUGCGUUUGAUCUUUGGCCUGACGAGGAUCCACAGGAAACUGGAUGGCCUGCUGUCAAUGAUGCAUAUGACUUUGUGUGCCGUCAUGUACUCCAGUGA